AUGGCAGUCAACCAAUCGGACUAUGAGGCAGCUGUAACUAUUAUCAAUUCCACGUACCCGGAUGGUCCGGAUAUUGACUACAAAGCGAUAUACGAUUUCAACAGGCCUUGCAUGCAAAAGUACCUGUUGGAUCUUAAAAUUCAGGAUUGCGAUUUGUCCCGUCUUAACGUGAUCCACGUAAGUGGCACAAAGGGCAAGGGGUCAACUUGUGCAUUCUGUGAGAGCAUACUGCGUCACCAUGGUUAUAAGACUGGAUUCUACAGUUCACCUCAUCUAAUGGAGCACCGAGAACGCAUCAGAAUUCAGGGACGCAUUCUUGAAAAAGAGACGUUUGCUAAAUACUUUUGGGAGGUUUACACACAGCUGAAAGAAAACAAGGAUCCCGAAUUGGAAGGAAGAGUUGGUGGUUCAAUGACGUUUUUUCGACUUCUGACUGCUUUGGCAUUGCACGUGUUUCUUAAAGAAAACGUUGAUGUCGUUAUUUGGGAGACCGGAUUAGGAGGAGAAUACGACUGCACCAACAUCGUCAGAAAUCCUGUCGUGUGCGGCGUGACGUCAUUAGCACUUGAUCACGUCGAUCGGUUAGGUACAUCUAUCGAGCAGAUCGCAUGGCACAAGGCCGGAAUAUUCAAGCCUGGCGUUCCGGCAUUUACUGUUGAGCAGCCCCCGAAUGCAAUGCGUGUACUGGAAGAAAGAGCCAGAAACAUACGGGCACCUUUGUACCAAUGCGCAGAGCUAGGCAGGUAUCGGCAGAGGUUCAAACUUGGCAUCGAGGGAUCUAAGCAGUCUCUUAACGCAUCCUUGGCCAUUCAACUGUGCAGCACAUGGAUAGAAAGACAUACAGGAAAAUGUAGCUCCGGAGGUGGGGCGUCAUUGCUAUCCAAUCAACCAGACUACACAACAGUUCAACUGGCUGAACCCGCUACAAUCAAUGCUAAAUUUGCAAUAGGUUUGGAAAAGUGUGAAUGGCUUGGCAGGAACCAGACUGUUGCAGUUGACGGUGUGACAUUCUAUCUUGAUGGGGCACACACCCACGACAGCAUUCAGCAAUGUGUGGAUUGGUUCCAAAUGAAAACAUCCUUGGAUGAUAAAGAGGGCGAGGUGUUCCGUAUCCUCAUGUUUUACUGCACUUCUGAAAGAGACGCGGAUGGAUUCUUAAAACUGCUCGUGACAUGUGAUUUCAACGCAGCCGUGUUUUGUACAAAUGCAAUUUUUAAAGAGCCAAAAUGCGCAGAUCAAGUCAAGAAACUGGCCACUUUCGAGGACAGCGUCAAACGCCAGAAAACGUACGAAACGUUGCUGGGUAAUAACGCGAAGAACGAAACCAGUCAACGCAAACAUGGUGACAAACCGUUCCUGUCAUGCGCAGUUCGAACAAUUAAAGAGGCUUUUGAUUGGAUUAUGGAACUCAAAGAUGACGUCAACAAAAUGUCAAAAUCUCACUCUAGCAACGAUAGUUUGACGAUGACCGAUAUAAACGCGCCUGCUGUAAAAACGCCAGCGCAAGAAAUCCAUGUACAUGAAGACACAACCGGAAUUGACAAAAAAGACGCGGAUAAUGAUACAACGACGAGCAAUAGUAGAAACCGAGAGAAAAAGGUUCUCGUGCUAGUUACCGGAAGUCUUUACCUUGUUGGAGGAGUCAUGUGGGUCCUUAAAGACCUUCAAUCCGACGGCUAG